AUUAAAAAUAUUGUAUCAAUCAUGUGACGCUCACUUUUUAUUUUUAUUUUUUUUUAGAUAAAAAAAAAAGGGGAGUGCACGUCCCAAUCAGUUCACUCACCCACCAUUGCUUCUUCUCCAACUCUGGUCUCCGGGGAAGUGCCCCAAGUAGUUAUUUAUCUCGGGAUUGCAUCACUCACCGCCCAAAUAAUCAACGGGGAGGAGAUUAGAUCGAUAGAUAGAUUGAUUGAUGGAUCCCCCGUCCUGCUGCCACGUGGUCGCCAUCCCGUACCCGGGGCGCGGCCACAUCAACGCCAUGCUCAACCUCUCCCACCUCCUCCUCAGCUCCCCCUUCUCCUCCCGCAUCCUCGUCACCCUCGUCCUCACCGAGGAGUGGCGUGCCCUCCUUUUUUCUGACUCCGACUCCGCCCGACACUCUCAGCCUCAGCUCCCGGUGGGGCUCCGCAUCGCCACCAUCCCCAACGUCAUCCCCUCCGAGCGCGGCCGCGCCGCUGACUUCGACGGCUUCAUCGAGGCCGUCUACACGAAGAUGGAUUCCCCCGUCGCCGACCUCCUCGACCGCCUCGACCCGCCCCCCGCCGCCGUCCUCGCCGACACCUACCUCCCUUGGGCCGUCCCGCUCGCCGCCCGCCGCCGCAUCCCCCUCUGCUCCCUCUUCCCCAUGGCUGCCACCUUCUUCGCCCUCCUCGCCCACCUCCGCCGCCUCCCCACCCCCACAACAACAACGACGACCACAAUAG